UUACUUAUCUCUGAACACGACACCCCACCAUCUAAAUUGGUGACCCCGUGUGGAGAAAGUGUGAACUGUAACCAGUGAAUUUGGACUUGUAAUUCAGUGAAUCGGACGACCGGGGCAACUCACACAAGUGUACGUAGUGUCGGCUUAAUAUUAGUGCGCGUCAAAUUAAGAAAUUAUAAUGUCGUCUGAAGACAAGAAGGUCGUUAUUGAAGAACAUCAACUGUCGUCCAUCUCCAUCACAGCUAGAAUUCCGGAAUUUUGGAAGAAGUCGCCUAGAACAUGGUUUAUCCAAGCAGAAGCAGUUCUAAAUCCUCAGAAGAUGUCCGACGAAUCAAAGUACCAGGUCCUUAUUUCAAAAUUACCCCCGGACGCAGUUGAGCAAGUUACACAGAUCCUUGUGGAUCCCCCUGAGAAAAAUAAAUAUGAGACCUUGAAGAAUAAGUUGAUAUUUAUAUAUCAAGAAUCCGAAGAGCGGCAAGUAAAAAAACUCAUUGGCGAAAUGGAAUUAGGCGACCAGAAACCAUCACAAUUACUAAGAAAAAUGCAAGACCUAGCCAGGGGACGAGUAAAUAACGAAACACUCAUAGUUAUGUGGCAGAAUCAUUUACCAAAUUCGGUGCGAGGAGUUUUAGCUGUAACGGAAGAAAAAGAUUUAGAGAAAUUAGCAUCAAUAGCGGAUAAAAUAAUGGAAACGACGACUCCCAUACACAGUGUUGCGACUGUCAAACAGGAACCAGGCCCAUCCGGUUCUCAGGACCAAAUUAUUUCGGCAAUAAACAAAUUGAGUGAUAGAUUACAAAAUUUAGAGUCAAGAUCACGAGGCCGUUCAAAUAACUGGCGAAGGAAUAACUUUAGACGCAACAGAUCCAGGUCAGGGUCAAGAAGUCGCACAAGGAAAUUCGAAGAUCCAAAUUGGUUAUGUUUUUACCAUUAUAAGUAUCGCAGCAAGGCAACUAAAUGUGUGGAUCCAUGUAACUGGAAGAAAAAACACGACAAGGACAAGCCAGCGGAAAACUAGAGUCGGUGCAGUCUGCGACGGGAGGCUGUGACCGUGCCUUCGGGAAUCACCGUCUGUGUGUCAGAGACAGGAAAUCGGGCUUAAACUUCUUAGUGGAUAGUGGUGCAAA